AUGGUCUCUGAUUAUCUGACUCUUCUUUUUCUCCUUCUGCGUCACUUGCCCUCGUUCGCACUUACAGCCUCGACCCGCAAGAUUAAGGCUGUAGUCCACCGUUACACCUACAAGUCCUUGCCAUCAACGCAAACUAAGAAUGUGGUCGUAGUCGGCGGUUCCUUCACAGGAUACUUUACAGCAAAACACCUGAUCGAGACUCUUCCCAGUGGAUAUCGCGUUGUACUCAUCGAGAAGAAUUCACAUUUCAAUUAUGUGUUUGCCUUUCCCAGAUUUAGCGUGAUCCAGAGGUACGAGAAAUUUGCAUUCAUUCCAUUUCAAGGAUUAGAAAAAGGAGCACCAAAAGGCAUAUUUGAGUUUGUGCAAGGAAAGGUUGAUAAGGUGAAUGAGCGCGUCAUCAGACUGGAGGGUGGAAAGGAACUGGAAUAUGAAUACCUAGUGAUUGCCACUGGCACGUCAUCAGCAAUUCCCAGCAAGGUAGCAGCAACGGAAAGUCUUGAUGCGCAACGAGAAUUGAGAGGCUUGCAGAGUAAAAUCGAGAAGGCGGCACGAAUUGCGGUUGUUGGUGGAGGCGCAGUAGGUGUCGAGCUUGCAAGCGAUAUCAAGGACUUUCAUCCUGAGAAAAGUGUUGUGCUGUUACAUUCAAGAGAUAGGCUGCUCCCAAGCUUUGGAGAACGGUUACAUCAGUACGUAACGAAAAGGUUUGAUGAAAUGGGCGUUGAGGUCUGGCUCAAUGAACGGCCACAGGUCUUGGAGGGUAGUCACACCCUCAAGCUCAAACGAGGCGGAGAAGAGACCUUUGAUCUCAUCAUCCCAUGUACUGGUCAGCGGCCAAACAGCUCAGUCAUAUCCAGCCUCUCGUUGGAGUCAAUAUCAAAGGAGUCUUCCCACAUUCUUGUCAGACCAACACUGCAGAUCGCUGAUGAGCGUUUUCCGAAUGUCUUCGCUGCGGGCGACGUUGCAGCUUCUGGUGGACCAAAGAUGGCACGAGCGGGUUAUAUGCAGACCUUCGUUGUUGUUGACAACAUCUUAUCCCUAAUCAAUGGGAAAGAUAACAUGAAGGUCUACAAGCCGAUGCGUUGGCUAGAAGGCUCGAUCAAAUUGACUUUAGGAAAGGAACACCUUGUGAUGUAUACGAAUGAGUCUGCUGGAAGGGACACGCUCGUGGCAUCAAAUUCUGGGAAGAUUGACAUAGAUGUCAAAAAGCAGUGGCGCCAGUUUGGGGAGGAUAUAGCUCAGCCAUAA